AUGACGAUUGGGCCCACGGACGCGAACUGGAAAUCGACGAGUCACCGUCCGGGCUCGGACUGGAGUCGAGGGCUGAACCUGAAGGUCUCUUGGUAUCUGUACUCCGGAGAUACCUCCAGGCCUCCCUUGUCUGAUGCCUUGUCUGAUGCCUUGCCUGGGUCAUCACCAGAUGAACCAUAUGUACCCCGUCCAUGCCAUGCUAUGCUCCCUGCGUCAAUUGAGGGGAUUCAGGGUAUCAGUUGGGGUAAUCCUUAUGUCGGACGCCACGUUGGGUUCAUGAUAACAGCUCCAGAAUCAGGUGCAUGCAGAGGGAAUAAGAAUCAUGUCAGUUGCAAACCCGCAGGAUGCAGUGGUCAUCUGUUCCAGGGUUCAGGUUGUUUGAUAUAUCCUGUUAUAUCCGGACAUACCCAGAUAUAUAUCUAUCCGGGUAGAUAUACAUAUUACCGUGAAAUCUGA